AUGCUGAAGGGCACUUACUGGUCUACCCGCUCAGUUGAGAACGACGUCGUUCGAGAAAUGGCUACGAUGCAGAAGACCAAGGACUCAGACUUGGACUUCGACUUGAUUGAAGCUACCGCUUCUGAGAUUUUCGUCGAAGUGACUGUCUCCGGUCACACUUUUGACGGAGAUGAUCUCAUAUUUUACCAGCUGAGAGAAGAGGUCGGUGUAGCCGACUAUUUUCGACAUUCUUAA